AUGUUAUUAUUAAAAAGGUUACUAUCAAUAACAACAAAACCAUUAAUUUAUUUAAUUAUUUUAUUUUGUAUAUUUUCUAAAAUUAAUUCUCAAAAUAGUUGUUAUAUUAAUGAUUCUGGAUUUACUUGUUGUAAUAAACAAUUAGGUAAUUAUUUAAUUAAUUUGGGGACUAAAAACUUAUUUUUUCAAGAGAGUGCAAUGAAAAAAGCAAUGAGUGGAAAAGAUUUACUUUCCUCUGCCAAUCACAUUCAAAAAAUGGCAGAAGGCUCGCUUGGAGGAAAAUUUGAAACUGUUGUCGCCUUUGACGAUUUUGCCCAUAAAUCACAUUUUAAAGAAGGCAAAUCAUGCAAAGUUGAAAAGAAUGGACAAUAUGCUUUGGCAUGGCAGCCUUAA